AUGGCAUCAAUGAAGAGUCUUGUGCUCCUCGAGCAUCUCUCUCUGCUGGUUUCUAAUUCAUUGGUUCUUGCAAAUUUCCAUCUUACUGUUGGGACUGAUGAUGGUUCGGAACAAUGGGGAUAUGUUGAAGUUCGACCUAAGGCCCACAUGUUUUGGUGGCUUUAUAGGAGUCCUCACAGAGUUGAGGAUCCAUCCAAUCCAUGGCCUACAAUUUUAUGGCUCCAAGGAGGCCCUGGGGGUUCCGGAGUUGGGUUUGGAAACUUCUUAGAAAUCGGACCACUGGACGUGGAUUUGAAGCCGCGGAAUUCAACAUGGCUCACCAAAGCUGAUCUCUUAUUUGUGGAUAGUCCAGUUGGAACAGGAUUUAGUUAUGUAGAAGAUGAGAGUUUGGCGGUUAAGACUGAUGAAGCGGCAGCAAUUGAUUUGACUGCAAUGUUGAAGGCCCUUUUCAAUGGAAAUGAGACACUACAAAAGAGUCCUCUGUUCAUUAUUGCAGAGUCAUAUGGAGGAAAAUUUGCAGUUACUCUUGGGUUAUCGGCUCUUAAAGCUAUCGAAGCAGAGGAAUUAAAGCUACAACUUGGAGUGUUAUUCAGUACCCUUGACCUAGACGACUUCGCUGAAGCCAUUAAAACUGUAUACGAUUUCUCAGCUCAAAUCAGAUCAGAUCAACAACAAAUCAAGCGAAAUUUAGGGCUUUGA